AUGGCGCGUCCAUAUACCCAUCGACUGUUCCUGUGGACGCUCGCUCUGGCUCUGACCGGCAUCGUGUCUGUGUUCUUCCACAAGCCGGGCCAGCUGUCCGGCUGGCCCUGGCAGGCGAUGGAUGUCAAUGACGCAACGGUGCAACCCCCGCCUCGCACCAACACCCUAAUCCUGUCCAGCUGGCGGUCUGGCUCGUCCUUCCUGGGCCAGCUCUUCAACCAGCACCCUGGCGUCUUCUAUCUGAUGGAGCCCAUGAAGCACAUUUGGACCAAGUUGUCCAAAUUUCGUGAGUCGGCGCUGCGAGGCGCCACGCGCGACCUGCUGCGCUCGCUGUCCGCCUGUGACGAGACGGCCUUCCAGUUCUACAUCGACAACCCCCGCCGACUCAACUCGCUCUUCAUGUUCCACACCAGCGCGGCGCUCUGCACUGUCCCCGCGUGUCCGGCCGCGGCGGCCGCGGUGGCCAACAACAGCGCGGGCAUCCCGUGCUGGCGAUCGUGCGGGAGCGCCCCCUUCGAGGGGAUCGGCCGCGCGUGCGAGCAGAGGCGGCACAUGGUGAUCAAGAGCGUGCGCUUCUUCGACAUCAGCUCUCUCCGUCCCCUCGUCGCGGACCCGGCGGUGCGUCUCAAGAUCAUCCACCUCGUCAGGGACCCGCGCGCGGUCCUCUCGUCGCGACGCAAGCUCAAUGGUUACUCCCUGGCGGGUGACGACCAAAUGGUGCUGGGCCGCGCCAAAGUCGACCAGCAGUUGGACGCCGUCGAGGUGAUGAAGAUGAUCUGCCGCGGCAUGGACGACAUCGGCGCCGGCGUCGCGGAGGAGGACGCGGCGAGCAGCGUGGGCGGUCGACGAGGAGGGGAGGGAGGAGCGGCGUGCUGAGAGGACGCCUACAUGGCAGUGCGCUACGAGGACCUGGUGAGCAGGCCCGAGGAGACGACGCGAGACAUGUUCCGCUUCGCUGACAUUGAGCUGCCCGCUGCCGUGCUGUCCUGGGUGCGGGACAUGACCCAGGGUCAGAGGGAGGGGCCCGGAGGGUUCGUGGUGGAGAGUUUGCGCUCGCUCGCCGUGGCGCGCAAGUGGCGGUGGAGCAUGAGCUUCGAGGACGCGCGCGCCGCGCAGAGCGCGUGCCGCGGCGCCAUGCAGAGGUUCCGAUACCGCGAGUUCGCCAGCGAGAGGGAACUCCGCAACGCGAGCAUCGAUGCCUUCUACUGA